AUGUCUUCCGAAAGCUCGACCAGCGAUGCCGUCCUCAAAGAGAUCCUCGAAGGGCUCAAGGCUCUCCGCUCGGAGAACUCUGUACUUGCUGCCUCGGUCGACAAGAUCAAUGGGCGUGUGAACAUACUGGCGGGCAUCAAGCAAAUCAAGGAUGAAGCUGCAAGUGAGGCUGCCAAUGGCACAUUGGCCAGCGACAAGGCCACUGAAGCCGAGUCUGGCAAAACCGUAGAAGCUGUGAGCCAGCAGUAUGAGCAGCCCCCUUCAAGUGAAGAGACCCAGCCCCGCCGUACAAGUGUUUCGAAGAUCUCAAAGAUCAUCUUGACCUCGUACCCUGGCCAGGCUGGCGUUGAUCCCUUGCCAAUGGAAUGGGGUGCCAAAGACCCUGCUGUGCGUGGUCCUGUUGUUGUAUCUAGACAUCCGAACACCAUUCGCAGGCGCAAUGCUAUUGGCGCCCACGGAGGCUCAUACUCCAUCUACAAUGCCCUUGCUGUAGCCAGCAAGAACCUCGACAUCACGCACAAACCAGACUUUACAAACACUGAGCCUGCCGCUAAAAUUGGUCCGUUCCCGCAAUGGAGCGACAAGAAGAAGAUUGUGGCUAUGGAUCCAUACGGCCAUCUCGCACCGUGGCUGUACAAAGAUAUCAUGGACAAGGAUGACGUGGAGAUCAGACCCACCAUUGCCAUUACAAGAGCUCACAUGAAGGUGCCCGAGCUCGAGGACAGUGUAAAGAAAGGCCGACUGGUACCAGAUGGCAAGAUCUGCGUCAAUGAGACGGGCGAAAUCGCAGUCACCAAGGUCGCUGUGGAGCCAGUAUGGUAUCUGCCUGGCGUGGCUGAGCGUUUCAACAUUGAUGAGGGAACUCUCCGCCGGACACUAUUCGAAGAGACAGGAGGCUCAUACCCCGAGCUCAUCACGCGCCACGACAUCAAGCUCUUCCUCCCUCCCAUUGGCGGUCUGACCGUCUACAUCUUCGGUGACCCCGCAAAGAUGUCCGACGCAAACUCGAAGCUCGCCCUACGCAUCCACGACGAGUGCAACGGCAGUGACGUGUUUGGCUCCGACAUCUGCACGUGCCGCCCUUACCUUACUUUUGGCAUCGAGGAGGCGGUCAAGGAAGCACAGCGCGGCGGCAGCGGCGUAGUCAUUUACUUCCGCAAGGAAGGUCGUGCCCUUGGCGAAGUGACAAAGUACCUCGUGUACAAUGCCAGGAAGCGCGGCGAAGACCGUGCGAGCGAGUACUUCAAGCGUACAGAGAACAUCGCCGGUGUCAAGGAUAUGCGUUUCCAGGCCCUCAUGCCCGAUAUCCUGCACUGGCUGGGCAUCACCAAGAUUGACCGCAUGCUUAGCAUGUCCAACAUGAAGCACGAUGCUAUUGUCGAGCAGGGCAUCCCGAUUCACGAGCGUGUGCCUAUUCCCGAUGAGAUGAUUCCUGCUGACAGUCGAGUGGAGAUUGACGCCAAGAUCCAAGCUGGAUACUUUACAACCGGACAUGUCAUGUCCAUGGAUGAGUUGGCAAACGUCAAAGGUCGUGGAUGGGAAGACAUCGAUGUGAGUUACACUUCCUGCCAUGCUUUUCAUUAUCUUUUUCCCCUUGCUUCCAGAUCAUCAUCACACUAA